AAAAAAUCCAGGCUGCUUGGAAACUUAUUUUCCAUUUAGAAAAAUUUCAAUAUUACAAUUUAUUCAACAAUUUUCCAUGGAGUACCCGAAAACGGUACAAAAUGGCAAAAAGACGGGACGGUUAAAAAUAGCCGGAAAAAACGCUACUGUCCCGUUCAAAACGGUACGUCUGGUCAGCCUAGCUCAGAUGCUAAUGUCGUACUGACGUCGUUCGUACCAUUGAAAUUGUUUCAGAAAAAAUCACCAUCUGGGGAAACAUGUUUCCAUCAUCAACACGAUAUUGUCGUCCAAUUUCAAUAGAAUUUGUGAGAGAAACUGCCGACACAACUCGCCAUGAAUAUAAUCGUAUGAUUACCGAAAUUUCUCAACUGCAUCCAUUCGUUGUGAAUGCUGGCAGUAUACAGCUUAGUAUCACGUUUGAGCUAAUCAUGACCAUGGCUGAUGGUAAAACUACAAACACAACAUCCGCUCAACGGUGCUAUUUUUGUAGUUCGACAUCGGCAGAAUUUAAUAAUAUUGACAAAAUGUUGGAAAAACCAUUUAACAAAGACUUCUUAGAUCUUGGUCUUAGUAGUUUGCAUUGCUGGAUCAUAAGCUUUGAGUGUUUCCUGCAUAUCGCUUAUAGGCUUGGUUUCUGCAAAUGGACAAAAACAGGUUACAUCAAUCAGUUCAACAGUACCAAACAGCGAAUUCAAAAAGAAUUUUUCGCCAAACUUGGUUUACAUGUCGACAAACCGCGCACUGGCUUCGGCAAUAGCAAUAACGGUAAUACAGCAAGACGUUUUUUCUCCAAUGCAGAAGUUUCUUCGGAGAUAACAGAAGAUUUCGAACACUGCUAACAGCGAUUUCAAGUGGUGAAAGAAUUGAUGCAUCCAAAUUUAUGUCAUACGCUACAGAAACCGCUCAUUAUUAUGUCAAAUUAUAUGGAUGGUAUCACACGCCAACAACGGUACACAAAUUACUAAUACUCAAUCUUCGAUUCCGAUUGGCAAACUUUCAGAAGAAGCCCAAUAAAGCAUGAACAAAGAAAUCCGCAAAACACGAGAAAAUAAUGCUUGGAAAGGAUCACGUGAAAGAACUAUCGGUGACAUGUUUCGUGGGCUGCUAAUUGCGUCAGAUCCGGUGGUAUCGAGUUAUAGACACAACAAGCCUAAAUCAAAAAGCGUUUUCGAAAAAGAGGUGGAAAAUUUACUAAUUUUCAGUGAUGAUGAU